AUGUAUGAGGCUGGGGCAGCUAUUGACAGCGGAUUGGAUGAUGCCAUCUAUCUGGGCGGCUCAAACUAUACGUGUCAUGAUGCCAUUGCCCAGAUCGGGAUCCCGGAGUUUGAGUUUCCGCGCAGCGACUUUCCACGCGGCUUCCGUUUUGCCGGCAUCGUACCACCCUCAAUACCUACGGCUGUUCCCGAGUUUCCAUGGUGGAACAAACUGAUACUAAACAGUCAGAGACGCCUUGAGGAGAGGGCUCGAGUGGUGGUGGUUGCCCAGGGAACCGUGGAGAUGGAUCCGGCUCAACUUAUAUUGCCGACGCUGCGUUUGCUCGCCAACAGACAAGAUGUGUUGACAGUCGCCAUCCUUGGCUCGCGAAGCGCACGUCUACCAGAGGGAAUCAAACUGCCACACAACGCCUGUAUAGCAAACUAUCUUCCGUAUGACGCCGUCCUGCCGCUUGCAGAUCUGUGGGUUCAUAAUGGUGGGUAUGGCGCUACGAUGCAUGGCAUAGCACACGGAGUACCCAUGGUGAUAGCAGGUGACGGGCAGGACAAACCAGAAAACGGCAAAAGGGUUCAGUACAGUGGCCUUGGCAUUGAUCUAGCUACUGCACAUCCGAAUGCAGAGCAACUGGGUAUAGCCAUCAAUGCUGUCCUUUCAGGGGAAGCGUUUUCCAAAGUGGCGAGAUCUAUGCAGCGAACAUUUCGACAAAUGGACUGUUUUACGAACAUAGAAGAGAUCAUAAACAACGAGAUAGCAUGCAGUGCCUGA